AGAGGAGCAUGAAUGGAGCAAAAUGGCGGAUCAUGUGCAGAGCCUGGCCCAACUAGAGAAUCUGUGCAAACAGCUUUAUGAGACAACAGACACAACCACUCGACUCCAGGCAGAGAAAGCCUUGGUUGAAUUCACCAAUAGCCCUGAUUGCCUGAGCAAGUGCCAGCUACUCCUAGAAAGAGGAAGUUCCUCUUACUCCCAGUUACUGGCAGCUACAUGCCUUACAAAGCUUGUAUCACGUACAAACAACCCUCUACCAUUGGAGCAACACAUAGAUAUUCGGAACUAUGUCCUCAACUACCUUGCCACUCGGCCAAAGUUGGCUACUUUUGUGACACAAGCACUUAUUCAGUUAUAUGCCAGAAUCACAAAACUGGGCGGGUUUGACUGUCAGAAGGAUGACUACGUCUUCAGAAAUGCAAUCACAGACGUCACAAGGUUCUUACAGGAUAGUGUUGAGUACUGCAUCAUUGGCGUCACAAUUUUAUCUCAGCUAACCAAUGAAAGUAAUCAAGCCGACACCACGCAUCCUUUAACCAAGCACAGAAAAAUAGCCUCUUCUUUCUGAGAUUCAUCGUUAUUUGAUAUCUUCACACUUUCCUGCAAUUUACUAAAACAGGCUUCAGGAAAGAAUCUAAACUUGAAUGAUGAAAGUCAGCAUGGCUUACUCAUGCAACUGCUCAAACUCACUCAUAACUGCCUAAACUUUGAUUUCAUCGGCACUUCUACUGAUGAGUCCUCAGAUGACCUGUGCACAGUACAGAUUCCCACCGGCUGGAGAUCAGCGUUCUUAGAUUCUUCAACUCUGCAGCUGUUUUUUGACCUGUAUCAUUCCAUCCCUCCUUCAUUUUCACCUCUGGUACUAUCCUGCUUAGUACAGAUUGCCUCAGUCAGAAGAUCCCUGUUUAACAAUGCAGAGAGGGCCAAGUUUCUCUCACAUCUUGUUGAUGGUGUUAAGCGAAUACUGGAAAACCCACAGAGCUUAUCAGACCCAAACAAUUACCAUGAGUUUUGCAGACUGCUGGCCCGAUUGAAGAGUAACUAUCAACUGGGAGAAUUAGUAAAGGUGGAAAACUACCCUGAGGUCAUCCGAUUGAUAGCUAACUUCACAGUGACCAGCCUACAGCACUGGGAAUUUGCCCCAAAUAGUGUGCACUAUCUCCUGAGCCUUUGGCAACGGCUGGCAGCCUCUGUGCCAUACGUGAAAGCCACAGAGCCCCACAUGCUGGAAACUUAUACUCCUGAGGUCACCAAAGCCUAUAUCACAUCCCGUUUGGAAUCUGUGCACAUCAUCCUGAGGGAUGGCCUGGAAGACCCUCUGGAGGAUACCGGCCUGGUGCAGCAGCAGCUGGACCAGCUGUCCACCAUCGGGCAUUGUGAGUAUGAGAAGACAUGUGCACUCCUCGUGCAGUUGUUUGACCAGUUCGCCCAGUCCUAUCAGGAGCUGCUGCAGAGUGCUAGUGCCAGCCCGAUGGAUAUCGUGGUGCAGGAAGGAUGGCUGACGUGGCUGGUUUACAUCAUUGGCGCAGUGAUCGGUGGCCAGGUUUCCUUUGCCAGCACUGACGAGCAAGAUGCUAUGGAUGGCGAGCUCGUCUGUCGGGUGCUCUAGCUGAUGAACCUAACAGAUUCUCGCCUGGCUCAAGCGGGUAAUGAGAAGCUAGAAUUGGCCAUGCUGAGCUUUUUUGAACAGUUUCGUAAGAUCUACAUUGGGGACCAGGUGCAAAAAUCCUCUAAGCUGUACUGCCGAUUCUCAGAAGUUCUGUGCUUGAAUGAUGAGACCAUGGUCCUGAGCGUCUUCAUAGGAAAAAUCAUCACCAACCUGAAGUACUGGGGCCGCUGUGAACCGAUCACUUCUAAGACACUACAGCUUCUCAAUGACCUCUCCAUUGGAUAUACUUUUUCCAAGCUGGCUUCUCUGCACAGCAGGAACUGUGGCUUGCCACAUUCUUAG